AGGCUCUGCUAUGGACGCCAGCCCUCGAAAGCGUGUAAAUGGGGCUUAUGGUAACAGAUUAAGUCCAGGAGGUGGUCCAUCUGGCAUGACAGAGCUACCUAUUACUCCUGUUCUAGUAAAUGAGGAGAAAGUGGUCAUCCUCUCCCCCACAGAGGAGGGCAUUACCACUCCAUUACGAACCGGUGAUGGAGGCCGGCGUCAAGUCACACCCUUUGACUCUAUUCACGCGUCUGAUAAUUUGGAGAACCAAAUACACGGACACAAUCAUCAUGCAAAGCAAUUGGUGCGAACGAAAAAACUCUGCCGCGCCUUGGGGUUCUUCUACCACAUAAGCUUCGGGGUCCUGUUCACCACCUUCACCGAACUGCUUCUAAACGAUUUUGGAAACAAUUACUCACAAACGGCUGCCUUCCUAGGCGUCUGUGCCGGGGUAGAACGAGGCGUCCAAUUUUUCUCUUCGCCGGUAUUGGGUAACCUGAGCGACAGCGUCGGUCGCCGGCCCAUAUUGCUUCUUUCCCUCCUCCUUCACUUCGCCUCCCUGAUGGUGGUCGCGAUCUUGCCAACGCGGCACAGCGUCCUAAUUUAUUUCCUCAUCAACGGCGCGAGCAACGUGACCCUGGGCAUGAUCAAUGCCAUCGUUGCCGACCUGUGUUCCGCGCAAGGCAAGACCGGGGAGGGAGAGUUAGCACAGCAGUACGGAAGGCUGGGGAUGGCGAUUGGGCUGUCCAUGAUUCUAGGCCCCGCCAUCGGUCCUGUCUUACAAAAAAUGAAUGUCCUCUACCCGAUUUACCUCUCGCUUGCCUUUCUAGGCGUCUCCAUUGUCAUUGCCUGGUCCAUGGCAGAGAGUUUGCAGGCGUGCCACCGGGCUUUGAACAUCAAUUGGAGGAAAGCCAAUCCUUUCUUCGUGCUUCGGGAGGCCAUGCGUUUUCGGCGUUUCCAGCUCUUUUCCGGGCCAUUCUUCUUGAACCAGCUGACGGAAUGCGUCUACCAAUUCGUCGUGCUGUACACCAAACGCCGCUUCGGGUGGGGUUACAUGACCUUGGGUUUUUACGUCUCCAUCAUCGGGAUCUGCCUCGCCAUUAUCCAGGGGAGUUUGCGCUAUUUCGUCCCCCGCUUUGUGAGCGAGAACGGCUGUGUCACCGUCGGUCUCUUCGGGCAUGCCCUGGCCAUGGGGGUGAUAUCGGUAGCCACCCACGGCUGGAUGAUGGGCCUGACGAUACUGCCCCAGAUGGCCGCCUCCCUAAAAAACCCCGGCCUCAUGUCCGCGCUGGCCAAGGGCAUCGCCCCCGAGCAGCAGGGGGUGCUCCAAGGCUCCGUCUCGAGCCUGCGCGUGCUCAGCAAGGCUGUCGGCGGCCCGAUCUUCGGUGCCAUUGUAGCUCUGUCCUUGCGCCAAGCUGGGGAAGAAAAAGGGCCAGGGGGAGGGAGCGAGUGGAUGUUGGGGUUGCCAUUUUGGGUGGCGGCGGCGUUGGAUUUGUUGGCCGCCGGCAUUUGCUGGUACAUCUUCCGAUCCGUGGACGGUUUGGGCCCCGAAGGAGGAGAGGAGGGCGAGGGGGGAGAGAGCGCGGAGGGUUUUCACCCUACCCUCGGCUGA